GCAAGUAACAGACGGAUGCAUCCUCAUAUAACACUUCCUUUCCUUCCCCCCCUCACGUGGUGCAGGGAAAGGGCGGGGAUUCCGCAGUGCGUUACAUCCGUUCUUGUAGUGCGGUGUUGCUGUGCGUGGAGGAGAAUAAUGCCUAAAUCAAAGGAACUUGUGUCUUCAAGCUCAUCUGCAAGUGAUUCAGAUAGUGAAAUUGACAAAAAGGUGAAGCGGAAAAAGCAAGCUGUUCCAGAAAAGCCUCUAAAGAAACAAAAGAUGGGUGAAAGUUCAAAAGGUGCUGCUGCUGCUUCUAAGCAAAGCAGUAACAGAGACGAGAACAUGUUUCAGAUCGGCAAAAUGAGAUAUGUCAGUGUUCGUGACUUUAAAGGGAAAGUUUUAAUUGAUAUUAGAGAAUAUUGGAUGGAUCAAGAAGGUGAAAUGAAGCCUGGCAGGAAAGGUAUUUCUUUAAAUCCAGAGCAGUGGAACCAGCUGAAGGAACAGAUUUCUGAUAUUGAUGAUGCAGUAAGAAAACUGUAAAGACAGCCAUACAAAAUUCUAUCAUUUUAGUUAUUUUAAGUGGUCUAAGUUAUUGUAUAUUUUCAUUGCAAAGCAAUUUGUAAGAUAAAUCUUUCUUUCUUUUUUAGUGCGUUAAAAGUGUAUUCUAAGUGAGGCUACUUGUGUAUACUUUACUAAAAGGAGAUGUUGCUUAUACCUUAUGGUGUAAAACAAAUAGAGUAAUAUGUAAAGCAUAGCUUUUUAUGGCCUUUUGAUUAAAGAUAUUUGCUUACAAGGCUGCGUAAUAGCUUCAGGCUUUGUUUCAUUUUAGUUAAUAGUUUGCUUGCUAAGGAGAUUCUUAAUGUCUUCACUUAUUUUCUUUCUUUUGUUUUAAUAUCCUUUAGCAUUGCUCUCAGCUUUCUGCUUUAAAACUUAAUACAAAUAGUGAAUACUUAAUAAAACCUAUUUCUGUAGAUAACUUUAAAUACUGUAUUUGCAAACUUACCUUAUGUAUUCAGAUUAAACAGUCCUGAGUAUUUAGACUUGUUUGCAUUUUUGCAUGAAGUGUUAUGCUAAGCAAUAACACUUGAACACCAUCUGCACAUUAUCUGUCCCCAUUUUUCUAUAGCUUGCUUGAGUUAGAAAGCAUGGUUAGCCUUUAUUCAUGGACGUUUUUUAGAACGUGCAUAAACUUUUACAGUAAUAAGUAUGUACCUCAGAGUAAGAUAGUAUUUGAAAGCUCCAAACUUGGUUAUUAGUUUUGGUACCCUUUUCAACCUCUGCAUUACAUUUGUUCUUGAACACACACUCUGAUUUUUCUAUAGGAGAAAAAAAGGACAGUUAACCUCCUUUGUAGGGCUCUUGAUUGAGAGUAUUGUGCAAACAAUCAUGCUUAAACUAGGCUGUAGCACAGGUUAAACAGUCAUACAGGAUUAUAAUUGCUUCAACCAAAACAUCAGAUUACCAUGGUUUUGUACUGGCUAAGCCAUGUAACUUAUCUUCCUUGGCUUACUUGUGUACAGCUUUCUAUUUUUUUUGUAUAGAAGGUGCUUACAAUGGAGUGCUGAUACAUAGUAGUUCUGUGACUCUAGUAAACUUCACUUGUCUACCAGUGUACUAUUCUGGUAAGAGAAGCUUAUGUCCAGUGGAAGUUUUAUUAGACUAGAUGUUGCCUCAGAUGAAGUUCCCUUGGUAGGUCUCAUGAGGUGUGGAAUGAAGAAGGUAGAAUGAGAUGCUCAAGUAGAACCUGCAGAGGUAAUGGGCACUCCAGUAGAAAAAAAUAAUGUGAAAAGCUCAAAGUUAGCUGGCGCAUAACUACAGUGAAGAAGCUUAAUGUUAGUGGAAUUGGAGAAGAGUUUUUUUUGUUUUGUUUUGUUUUUGUUUUUUUUUUACUUUGGUUAAUAGAAGGAACAUGAUGAAACAACAUGGAAAUUGACAUUUCAAGACUAUGUAGUAAAUGUAAAUUCGUUGCUUCAGCUGUGAUCAUCCCAUUUGAUGAUAUGCAUGGAAGUUCUGUUCUGCUGAGUGUCAUAUAUAGACUGUUCCUGUGCUGCAGUUCAUAAUUCAGUACAAAUGGCUUUUCUUGCAGACAAAUGGUACUUAGAGUACACGUGGAAGUGUCCAUGGAAGAAAAUUGUGAAAAGACUGCAGUAUGAAAUAAAAGUAAGCACUGCUCCCUUUCCAACUGAAGUUGCAAAAGUAAGAUGCAUUUGGUUCUUGAUAUUUAUACAGGGCAUAUUAGCAAUGCUUUAUAAAUUAUAUCUAUGAUGGAACAUAGGAGGAAAAAUAAAUCUGAGUUCUUAAAGUACAUUGUGUGUUAAUUCAACUAUUGUGUAUGAUGUUACUCUUAUGCAGAGCUGUUCAUAUUGAAAUUAAACAAAUGCAGUAUUGAGUUUGAUAUUUCUGUUAAAGGAAAUACCCAGUUACGUACUUGUGAUCUGUUAGCAAAAAAAAAAUUGAUAACUAAUUUUGAUAACUCAAAUGUCAUACUGUUAAUCAUGUGGAAUAUUUAAUGUUCUGGUAGUAUCUACUGCAGAGAGACCACUGGAGAUAUGAGCCCUCCAACUGUAUCUGUUGUUUCUUGUGGUUUUUUUUUAAGUAGCUAAAUGGCAUAUGUGUAAUAACAAUUUGAGUACCUGGGAAUAAAUGAAGACUUCUGUUGAUAUAGAGUUGUUUUUAAUAGAAAUUCAGCUGUGCAAAUUUUUCAUCAAUUGUUACAAAAACUGCUGUCUGUUUCUUGCGACUGUUGUAAUUUAGCAAUUUGAACACUUAAUCAUAUUGUACUUGGUCCACGUUUGUGAGUGGAAGUUGGUUUGUGUAACCCAGAAGGAUGAAAGUUUUUGGGUAGAAGAACAAGUGUCUUGUAAAUAUGGAAGCAGCAGAUAGGAAUGCAUUCUCAAACAUUGAAUUGAAGUGUUUGAAAAGUCAUUGCUGUUAAUAAAAUGGGUGGCUAUCUUUUCAGUGGUUUUGAUCUUACAAUAAAUAUCACUGUAGACUAGACAGAAAAAAAGCUGUUUACUUGCUCUUUAAUCACUAACUUGGUUAGUUGUAGGCUCCUUUAGAGGAAUAUUUGUUUUUCAUGUGCUUGGUGUUACUGAUCUGUAGGGAAUGAGCUCAUCUAAUUAUAGCCUUGAACUAAAUAGAUUUUUAAACUAAUUUUUAUUACUUAAGCAUUUGAUGGCCGCAGAAGAAGAAAGUGUGGCUUAAAGGGAAGAAGCACAGUCUGGGGUUGAUAGAAGGUCCUUGUUUUACCUGUUUCCUGUUAUAUUCCCAUUGUUGAUAGGGUCUGUCCUUGACUGUAGUUCUGGUGACUAUGUAAGGAAGAGCAAUCUGGGCAAUGUUUUCCUGCUGUGAAGCAAGCCCUCUUAUCCCAUGCUCUCAACUUAAUAUUUGUAUGUAAAAUUGUGAAGACACCUGCUGAAAAACUAAAAUAAAUGACCCUUAGCUCAGGUUUAUUAGGGAAGCUUUACAUAAGACUCCUGUGAGCAGAGGGAUGUAUCAUUAGUUCUGGUAAUAUAAAGGCUGAGUAUUUGGUGACAUAACUCUUCCACUGAUGUGAUACUUCCUUGAAUAAAAAAUAUUAAAAUAACUUUAAGAUCUACUUAA